AGAAUGAGCAAGUUUCAGCGCAAACUUUCUUUUGCUUCAGGAACGACGAUCAGUUGGUUGGAACCGAAGAUAUCUCUGGCAAACCACUUUAAAAAUGGAGCGGCUCAGAAUUUCCCAGCAGGGAUAAACAAGCCAGCAUCUGUCAGAGAAGAGCAGUCCAUUGCAGAGCCCUGCCAGCUAACAAGGGAACCUGAAGAAAUAAAUCCAGAUGAGGAGCUGGAGGAUAUCUGUGAUGAUAAAGAAGAUGAUCUAGGAGCAGUGGAAGAACAGCGCAGUGUUAUCUUGCAUCUCUUAUCUCAGCUGAAACUUGGCAUGGACUUAACAAGAGUGGUUCUUCCCACUUUUAUUUUAGAGAAGCGUUCGUUGUUGGAGAUGUAUGCAGACUUCAUGUCCCAUCCAGAUCUCUUCAUUGCAAUCACAAAUGGCACUACCCCUGAGGAGAGGAUGAUCCGCUUUGUUGAGUAUUAUCUCACUUCAUUUCACGAAGGUCGCAAAGGAGCUAUUGCAAAGAAACCAUACAAUCCAAUCAUUGGGGAAACGUUUCACUGCUCCUGGAGGAUGCCGAAGAGCGAUGUAGCCACUGAUGCCGGCAGUAACUUCUCUGCUCAUUCCCCUUCAGAGCAAGUAACUCUGUCUAAAGAUGUGGAAGGCCAAACAGAGCUGGACUACUAUACAGUAAAAUUUGUAGCCGAGCAAGUGUCCCACCAUCCUCCUGUCUCAGGGUUUUAUGCUGAAUGCAUAGAAAGAAAGAUGUGUGUCAAUGCCCAUGUCUGGACAAAAAGUAAAUUCUUAGGAAUGUCAAUAGGAGUGACAAUGAUUGGUGAGGGUCUCUUAAGUCUCUUGGAACAUGGAGAGGAAUACACGUUCUCUCUGCCCUGUGCAUAUGCUCGGUCAAUUUUAACCGUUCCUUGGGUAGAACUGGGAGGAAAAGUCAACAUUAACUGUGUGAAGACUGGGUAUUCUGCAAGUAUUAACUUUCACACCAAGCCCUUCUAUGGUGGCAAAUUGCAUCGAGUCACGGGUGAAGUGAAGCAGAACAUGACGAACACAGUGGUGUGCAGAGUGCAAGGGGAGUGGAACAGCGUACUUGAGUUCACCUACAGCAAUGGGGAGACAAAAUACGUGGACUUGACAAAGCUGUCUGUGACAAGAAAACGAGUCCGACCCCUUGAGAAACAAGGACCGUUUGAAUCAAGGAGGUUGUGGCAGCAUGUAACAGAGUCUCUGCGGGAUGGAGACAUUGAUAAGGCUACAGAGCACAAACGAGCCCUUGAAGAACAACAGAGGAAUGAAGAGAGGCUUCGUGCUGAAACAGAAACACCUUGGUGUACUAAAUACUUCCUUAAAGAAGGAGAUGGCUGGGUUUAUCAUAAACCCCUCUGGAAAACAGUCUCUGCUGCGCAAACUCAGCAAGCGGACGCUAACUAG